GUUGCCUACCUACCUACCAUCUACAUCCAUAUCUGUCCGGACGCCUACACUCCAUCCAUUCUUACGGUUUCAAGCACUUUUGGGACGCAUAUGACGUACUUAGGUAUUUGAGCGUCUACCUAUGUAUUCACGUCAAUAGGUAUCUCCCGCCAUCGUUAUUUAUAUCCGGUCGAUUGCCCAUACAUAUAGACAUAAAGUCUAGGGGAACCCUGUUCAUCUACGGGGUUUAACGAGCGCCUAACGCGCUCGGCACUGGGUCCUCUCCUACAACGCGUUGCCCAGGUAUACCAUAGGACGGCGGGGGGGACUAGACGGCAUUUCGUAAAUCGAGCCACGCCCUGGAAGAAUUGAAAUUUUACGACCGCAUGGUCGAGGGGGCGACAUGUUGGAGCCGUGGGAUGAAGUUAUCACCCUUCAGAAGGAGCAUCAGCUUUGCGCCGAUGAUGUGAAAGUCAUCAAGGCGUCUUGCAUCGAGGAUCACGGCAAGAAACAUCCUAUCGAAUGUCCGGAUUGCUGGACGCGCCUCCUAAACCGAGUGCGAGACCGAUAUCUCAACUCGGCUUCGAGGGAAUGGUUCUCGGGUCGGCGGCCGUUUCUUCUCGAGCUGGAUACCAUGUUCUCGAGGGCUCACAACUUCGAGGUUGACCUCAAGACCAUAGAACAGCGCAUACUCGACGAGAAGAAAGAGUGGUAUCGGGACAAAGCCAAAAGUCUGGGACUUCAGAUGGCCGCCAAGUCCCCCUCUGAAGCACGGCUCCUGCAGCAGAAGAUCAGUGACCGGAGCAUCUCUUCUGACCAGCUGGCGUCGGAAUUGAGAGCAGCCCUUAACGACGGCGCUGCUGGGGACGAAGAAGUUUUCGAUAGGUUUAUGGAACGGUGGAAGCUCGUAAAGUCACCGCAGGCGCGAAUCGAUGCUUAUAUCGACGCCUUCUUCCGGCUCGGCAGCGACCCCUCGAGCGGCGCGAAAUCGAAGAACUAUAUCGACAUGAUCCGCGACGGGACGCCAAUUGCGGACGUCAUCAACGCGAUAGUCCGCGACCGCGAUUUGGCCAAGAGCGACUGCGAUCAGAAGCGGGCCCUCCACGAACAGCUUGAAGAGCUCAAGAGAGCUAAAGCCGCCCACGAACUCGACAAGGCCAAGCGAGACAAGGCUCGGCAGGAGAAAGCCAGAGUCGCGGCAUCCCCCCCUAGCGAGCCAUACCACCUUCCGCCAUGUUCUGUCUGUUCGAAGGACCCUGACCCGCAAGACUUUAGCACCUGUCCCCUCUGUCAAAUAUUGAGUGAACGCUGCGAAAUCCACGUCGAGCCCAUGGUAUUCUGUUCGCAGGAGUGCGAAGAUAAGCGCUUCGAGCCGCAUAUCGACGAGGCACAUGAAUGCGCGUCCGGUCAGGACUGCGUUCGCCUCCAGGAUGACGACGUGGACAUGGAAGAUGCCAGAAGCACCUUGGUUUUAUGUCGGGAAUGUGUUUUGAAUUUCCGUAUCCCGUCCGUCUUCUGUUCGCCGCGCUGUUUCGACGAUAGUUUCCAACGUCAUAGAGACGACAUCCAUCUUCUCGAGUGGAAAAACAUGCGACAAGGCGUCGGCGACGAGACCCAGCUCGAAUUCGACCCCGAGGAUCGGACGCGAUACCGAGCCAGGGACAUCGAGGAGCACCUGGUGACUCUUGACCACGCUAUGGCGGAGUGGCAGCGCAAGACGGGCGCUACGGCGAAAUAAGGGUACGUAGAUACGAAACCCUGGCACCCGAAGCGAUUCCAUCCUUACAUGAGGCUGCUCGGUUCCUCCGCGGCGACCUCAAAACCGCGUUAUGUCUGCGUCUUGCCAAUAUAGCGUCGGUAUGUGGCUCAGGUUAGGAGGUAGGUAGGUAGGUACCCAACCUCCAAGGCAUACCGGUACCUACCUACCUCUUACCUAACCGUCUGGUACCUCUUAUCUACCCACGUACCUAACGUGCUGAGGUCCUAGAGCAGGCCCUCCCUACCAACUACCCGCCCCCUAAUGUACAUACCUACCUACCUACCCACGUACCUCAUAAGGAUGCACCUCGUGCUCGAGGCGUGCACAACAGGUCGCCUGGAUUGCACACAUUAGACACAUCACCAGGGAUGUCCGUACCUACCUAGGUAGCCUAGGGCAAUGCAACAAGUAUGGACGCUGCUAAGUGAGAACAAUGCGUAGAGGCGAAUGCUGCUGCUACAUACCUACCUACCUAAGGCAAGGUAGCGGGCUGCGACGGACGGGAGGUGGCUCUAGGAGUUGGUACAACCGUAACGAGUAAAUGCCGUCUUGGCCGUGGUAACUCCGAGGC